AGAAAUUAUUACAAUUAAUAAUCCAACAAAAUGUAUAAGGUACCUAACUUAAGUUUUCUAGUUGAUAACUACAAAGAAAUGAAUAUUCUAAACGCAAUCAAGUAAUAAUUUUGACAAAAUAACAAAAGUAAAAAUAUGAUUCUAUUGUUCUUACUAGAAGGAUUGUUGGAAAUUAUUUUAGGAAACUGAAGAUCCAGCCAAAAGCCAAAUUAAACAAGUUUUUGGUAGAGAAUCCAACAAUCGAACUGUUACUUUGCAGAAUUUAUUAUCUGCAGGUAUUUUAGAACCUGGACCUGGUGCUAUGACAAUUGAGUAUUUGGGCCAGAAAUUCGUUGGAGAUUUAUUGCAAGACGGGAAAAUUCGCUCUCAGGAAACAGACACAGUUUUCGCUUCGCCCAGCGCUUGGGCAAUAGCUUGUAAACGAUUUAUUAAUCCAGAAAAAAAAUCCGGAUGCGGCUGGGCCUCUGUCAAAUACAGGGGGAAAAAAUUAGACGCCUUUAAAAAUAUUUGGUACAAGAAGAAGAAAGAGGACGACGAAAAACACGAAAAACUCUUGCAAGAAAGAGAAGCUGCAAAUAUGGAGCAACUUUUGCAGAGGAGCAUGAUAAAUUCGAUGAUGUUUCAAAGAAUGGUUGUUAAACACAACACUAUUACAAACAGAUCCAUAACUCAUGAUACUAACACUAUGGUCGAGUGCGUGCCAUUUUCGAGCCUAGGAAAGCUCCAACCAUUUCUAAUAACAAUGUCCACGAAUUGCGCGUUUCUCAUGGACUUUCACUGCCACUUGAACAAAAUCGAAGUGUCCGGUUAUCUAGCCGGCCAUUGGGAUUCCACCACGCAAAAUUUGCAAGUAACCCGAGCGUUUCCCUGCCGUUGUUCCAAAACCGACCGGACCAACUCCCGCCAAAUCGAAACGGAAAUCCGAAGGACCAUCGAAAGGGAGAAGCUCACGUUAAUCGGUUGGUACCAUUCACAUCCCAGCACCGCUUCGGCUCCUACACUCAGAGACAUAGACGCUCAAUUGGACUAUCAAAUCAAGAUGAAAGGCACCAACGAUAACACUUACACGCCUUGUAUAGGGGUGAUCAUUUCUCCUUAUAACUACGAAACGCCUUCGCUGGAAUCGAGCAUAAUUACAUAUUGGGUAAUACCACCGCCUGAAUCGAAACCCAACGAGUACGGUCGUCCGAUGUUAAUGUCCUACAGCGUUGUACAAGACUGCGUUGUAUCGCCUCACAUCAAAGACGAGAUGAAAAAAUGCGUGGAAUACUACAAAAAGGAGCCGGAUUUCGUAAAUUUCACCGAUCGGUAUAUCGGCAACACUUGCUACAUCGAUAAAUUAAGAACCACGUUGAUGUCGAAGUUUCCGCGCGAAGAGAGCGAAACCUCGCUGUGGAAAUUCGUGAAGGAGUGUUUGGGUCUACCUUUAGAAGAAAAAGAACCAUUGAUUAGUAUACCGACGGUAUCGAAACCGAGCCAGUACUACCCGACGUUUUCCACGCCGUCCAGCUUAUCGUCUAGUUACAUGUUACCGUCUGAUAUUUCGAAUAUUUUGUACAGUUCGGGUAAAUUCCCCAGCGCCACCAGUCUGUUGGGCCUGCCCGAUCCAAUGGCGCAUAGCACGCUCGCAGCGAAUAACAUGUUCCUGCAAUCGAAUUUGUUCAAGAUGCAGGAAUUGUUCAAGCCGUUCUCGACGAGCAGCCCGUUAGCGCCGCCGCCGCCGCCGCCGCGCGGGAAAUCCGAAAAAUCCCGUUCGAACGCCUCCUCCUCUUCCUCUUUAAAAAUACCCAAUGAUACAAAAUUCCCGAAGCCCGAUUUCACAGCGAGCUACUACAGCUCGAAGCAGCCCAAAAUCGAUUACAGUUCGCACGAAUUCACCAUGCCCAAGAUACCCAAGGAGUUUUCGAUGACCGAUUACAUCUCGCAAUUGGGCAAGGCGACGGUGACGAAGCCGGAGUACCUCAUGCCCGAUUUGAGCAGCUUCAACAAGCAUUUGAACGAUUUCAAUUUGAGCUUGGGUAGGAAGAGGGAGAGCGGCGAGAAGCCGUCGAAGGCGCCUAAAUUGAGCUAUCCCAGCGGGAUGUUGGAUUUGAGCUACGACGCGAAGAAGAGCCAGGGGAAUUUCGUUGGCGAUAUUCCGACUGAUUUGAGUGUGAGUGCUAAGAGUAAAGUAGAGGAGGCGGAGAGUAAACCGUUGAAUUUGAGCGCGGGUUAAGUUUGAGAUUCGAAAUAUUAUGGAGCAUUUCUAGCGAAGUACCUCAAAAUCGAAUGAUUAAUUCAGUAGGUACUGUUGCGUUUGGGUUGAUUUUAGUCUUACUGUUUGUAAACUUUCAAUAAAAUGUGUAAAGGCGACGCCGAUCUAAAAUGCGACAAAACGAAAAGUUGAUUGUAAAGAGAUGUUUAUAAUUUAUGUAUUAUAAUUUAAAUGUGAUAUUUUCAAUACUAUUUAUUUCUUUUUUUUUUUUAUUUACAGAGACUGAAUUUUAUGUGUUUUAUACGUUUUAAUUUAUCUCACUGUAUUAUAUGGCUUUUUUUUACCGAAUUUUUUUUACAGGCUGUAAAUAAUUACUCGAAAAAUACAAUUUUUUUAUUCUUUUAAACCGCAUUUGAUUC